AUGGGAGAUUUUUUCAUGCGUGUUGCUGCUGGAACUUUGGAAUUUUCGAAGGGCGGCGUUUUGAUAGCUGAAACUAAUGAUGUUGCCAGAAGUUUAACCCUUCCAGUUGGACUUGGUUUGCUGGAAUAUGAUCCAUAUACUAAAGGCGAUGUCUGCGACUAUGGUGUUGCAAACGCAAUGCUCCAAAAUGGUGGAAUCAAAAGCUUGAUCAUCAAAAAUCUUUCAAAAGAGCACACUAGAAAUUUGUUACAAUUUUGGAAAUCCGCCGGUAUUAUGACAGCCAGAGAGUAUCCAUGCAAAGUGGCUCAAAACAAUUUAGAUAAGUUAGAAGAUGAAGUGAAGACUAAAAGACUAGGUGGGGGAUUCGAGAAUGAAGUUUCUCCUGAUCAUUUUGAAAAGCUAGUUCAAAACUACUUUUCUAUAUCGUCUGGUAAUCCGGGUUUUUUGCUUAAAUCUGUUGCAUUGUCAUACUAA